AUGGAUAAACAAAUUUUAUUGCACUAUGAGAAACGCAAAUAUGAGGAAUUGGCAAAAAUACUGAAAAGUAAAGAAUUUAGUGAGAUAAAAGAGUUAUUAGAUAAUUAUGUAUUAAGAGGAAGGACUGAUCCAACCGUAUUAGUACUAGCUGUAUUAACAGGUUUAUAUUAUUUAAAAGAAGAUGGAAAAGAAAAUCAGCUUCUUAUUUAUAAAUAUAUGAUAAAGGUUCUGCAGAAAAAUGAAAUCAACAUUCAAACUGUUUCUAACCUUGUUGGUUUAUUGAUGCUUGAGGCUGACAAAUUGGGUGGAGCAAAUUUAGUUGAAUUAGCCAGUCAGUUUACAGAAUCUGUGAAAAAUGGUACUUUCACAGGAGGAAAAGCUGUUGAUCUGUUUCCAAAGAUAUUAUAUGAGUUAUCAAAAGAAGAUAAAGUUAUAUAUGGAGAUGGUAGUAUGCGAGGAUCUGAAUGUAAAAAUCAUAUUUUGAAUACUCUUUGUUCAGGAAGAUGGAAUCCUACAACAGUUGUUCAUUUGGCAGCCAUGUUUAUAGAUGUUCCAAUGACAUCCGAAGAAUUGAAAUUUGUGAUAGAAAAAAUUAUACGAUCCUUUCCUGAAAUGGCACUACAAGAUUUACCAGCUCUUGUUUAUCAACUUUUGUUGUUGGCCAAAAGGGGUCAUAAACGUCUGGUUAUUGAGGGUGUUACUUCAUUUUAUAUUGAUAAAGAUACAGUUUGUAGAAAUCAAAUAUCAGAAAUCACUGAAGAUUUGAUGAGUGAAGAAUGUGAUACAGAGACAUUAAGAUAUACAGAAGGAACUGUAAUAUUACAUAUAGUUUUCUCAGUUAAACAGGAUCAAGAAUUGGGUAGAGAAUUUAUUAGAUAUUUAAAGAAUACACUGCUGGUGCAUCCAGUUAAAGUAUUAGCACCAUUCAAUCUGGCUCUAGCCUUAUCUGUAGCUCGUAUACAUAGAUUACAAGAUCAGCUUUAUGACUUUAUAAAAUCCACAAUAUUGAAGAGUUUUAAAGAUAAAGAUAAAGAAAAUAAUUCUAAGUGGAUAAGAGAAUUAGUACCAGAUACAGUAGAUAUUACUAGUUAUGUUUUAGAAACAGUUGAUAACAGUAAAUAUGGCUGGGAUCAUGUUUUACAAGGACUGGUUCAACUAGGAUUUACACUUAUGGAUAGUUGUGGACCCAAAUCAGCAUUUGGAAAAGAAAUUUAUCAAGCAACAAUAAAAACUCCUUCCCAGUUUACUUGUCAACUUGGUAAACAAGUUCUGAAAAAUACGGUUAAGGUGCAUGAAGUUGUACGCUUGGAAAUACUGGAUCAAAUAUUUAAUAGAAUUGUAACCAAAGCAACUCAACCAAUCUCACAUUAUUUAGAUCUUUUAUCAGACAUUGUAUCUUCAUCUCCACAUUUUCUGUUGGAAGCAAUACCAAAAGUGAAGGAAGCGUUUGAUUAUUUGUCCUACCUACCAACAAGUUCUGGACAAGGCUUGUUAACGGCCAUACAACCUCUUCUUAAAUUAAGCACAUCAUUAAAAGAUACGCUUCUCAUUGUUUUAAGGAAAGCCAUGUUUUCAAGACAGUUAGAUCCAAGGAAGAUUGGUGUAUAUGGAUAUUUGAUGAUAUUGAAACAUUUUAAAGUAUUAGGUGGCUUACCCUCCAGUCAAUGUAGUCAGCCAUUUAACUUGAGUCAGGUACAAAUUGAUGUACAUACACGUUAUAAUCCUGCUAGUAAUGAGGCUGUGUGUAUAGAAAUAUUAGGUAAUCUGAGAAGAGUUGGAACGCAGCAAGCAGAUGUACGUCUUCAGUUAUAUGAGGGUUUUUAUGAAGUUGUUCAUCGUAAUACACAGUUACAGAUGCCGGUGUUGGACAAUUUAUUGAAUCAGUUGACAAAGUUUUAUGUUGAAGAUGAGGAGAUAAAUCCACCAGUUCUAUUAGAUAAAUGUAUUUUACCACAGGGGGAACAAGUCUUCUUAGCUGAACCAUUGGCUCACCUAUUGGCAUGUAUUCAACAUAUAGUUAUAAAGACAAGAGAAACACUGACCCAACAACACACAGAUGAUGAUGAUGAUGAUGAGGAAGAGGAAAAGGAAGAUAGGUCACUAAUACUGCUAGAACAAGUACUAGCUGAUUUAACUGUCCGUAUGAUCUCUAGUGAAAUGGAAGAUUUUGAAAUUGAUAAAUCAGCUGAUUUCACACUAAAAAACACAGUUGGUAUUAAGAAUAAUAUAUUUGCUAUUUUAGUGUUGGGUAUAUAUGAAGUAUUGAUGGAAUACAAUUUUAUUCAUAAUAAAAACAGUGUAGAAAAGUGUGAAAAAGUUCUGAAGUUAUAUGAGAAAUAUGUUAAAUUAAGUGAUCUAUUAAAGGAGAAGGCCAGUACAGCUAAUGGUAAAAAAGGCAAAGUUUCUACAAGUAAACCUAGUAAAGCUCCAGCUAGUUUAUUUUCUCUCAGUUUUAAUGUUGAUAUAGUGACUUUAUUAUUAACGGAUUUUUCAGCAAAACAUAAAACAGCAUAUGAUGUUCUACGUACUAAUUUAGAUUUUAUGAAACAUAUUGUAACAACAGCAGUUAAUAAAUUACACCAAUAUUCAGAUAAGGGUGUAUGUGAUGGAUCAGCAGGACUUGAUAAAUCAAAACUAAUGAACCAUUGUUGUCAGCUGGGAAAGUUAUUUUUAGUGUAUUAUAUAGAACAUCAGAUGACAACAGAUAGAAAUAAUAAAACUAUAGUAUCAGGAUGUUUAGAUGGUUUGUUACACGUAUUUACUAUAUGUACAACAGAUAAAGAUAAACUAUGUCAAUGUCUUAAAGCUCUAGAAGAUUAUGCAGAAAAUGAAAAAUGGUCAGAAAAAAUUAAAACGGAAAAAAUUCACAAACAUAUUAAAAAAUUACAGAGAUUAGUGGCUAAUAUAUUUACUACUGAUGAAGAUAAACAGAAUAUAAAAGAAGUUGGAUCGCUGUUGUCUAUUAUUGGUCAACUUAGUAAAUAUUUACCAUAUCAUGGAACCGAGUAUGAAGAAGUACAAAUAUGGAUACAUAAAAUAUGUACUGAUCAAACUAUAGAUGAUAUACCAACAUGUAAACAAGUGUUAUCAACAUUAUUAACUAUAACACAACAGAUGACAAGUGUACCACAAAUAUUAAAAGAUAUGUGUCAGGAUGUUCACAGUCAACUAGGAGAUGUUGAUCAGCAAGUAGAAGUUGAAGAUAAAACUAACUUUUCGUUGAUCACAAUACGGACAGCUGCUCCAACUGUAUUACAGCUGACAUUACAUCAUAUAGAUAGAGAAUUAGAUGACAUGGAUUGGGUCAUAGGUUAUAUUAAAUCAGAUACAUCAAUCUCACAAUCAGGUGAUGAUUUACCGAAUGCUACACAACAAGAAACAAGAGAGAAGAGUAUAUGUAGUAGAUAUGGUGUAAUAAUUGUUGGUUAUUAUGAAUUAGUACAAUCAGCUUUACCUAGUGGGAUAUGUACAGAUAUCAUGUUAAAAUCUUUAACUAAAUUAUAUACAUCACUGUCCGUAUUAGUUAAAUAUUAUAUAUCUCUGUAUACCAAAAAGACUGGCCAUUUAACAUCAAGAUUUGAGAAGUUGAUUAAAUUGAUAGGAAGUAAAUUAUCUCCAUGUGUAUAUGCUUUUAUAACAUAUAUUCAAGCAUUAGAGAAAGAACACAUACAACAGGCUGCAGAUCAUAUAAAAACUAAGAAAGAUAAGAAGAAACCUGUUAAUACUAAUAUACCUACUGGCAAGGUGAUAAAACAGACGAAGAUGAUACCUAAUUUGAUAUAUGCUAUAGAAGUGUUUGAAAAGUUUCUCAUACAACUUACAAAAAAAUCAAAGGUAAAUUUAAUGGAUAAUGUAAAGAUGAGCACAGCUCGUGAUUUUCGUAUAAAUAAAGCCGCUGUACAAGCUGUGUUAGAUGAACAAUCCGAUUCUUCUUCAUCAAAUUCAGAUGAGGAUCCUACACAGGAUGUUGAAAACGAUCAAGAUAAUCAUGGUGAUGAUGACGGAGAAAAAGAGAAUAAUAGUGGUGUUGAGGAUAGCGAUGGUGAUAAUGACAAUGAUAGUGAUGAAGAAAAUCAAUCAUCUGUUUCUAAUACACCAUCAACAAGUCAGCAAGAUCCACAAGUUUCUACUAAUAAACGCGAUAUCUGGCCAAGCACAAGUCAACAUAAUACACCUCCAAAUAAAAAAGCAAAACUAGGUAGUAAAGUUAAAAAUAGAAGAUAAAAAAUGUAUAUAAAAAAUUGAUCAUUUAGUGCUGUCAUACAUAAAGUUACUGAACGUUACAAAAGCAAGACUUGGCUGAAAGAAUCAAUAUAUUAAUCUGUGAAAUUUAUUUUCAUCUACUGCCUGAUCAACUUAUAAUUGCAUUUUUCAGAACAUUUUCACUGCUUAAUGCUACUAUCUUCGAGGGGUGUAUGGGCUUCUCCCCCCAGAAAAUUUUGAAAGUUGAAGUCGAUAUCCCUGCAUCUGAGGCCAUUUCUGAAGAAAAUUAAUUCUUUUAAAUGUAUAGACUUUCUCCUGGGUCUCUCUUGUAUAGGCUUGACAUGGGGGUGGGGGGUCCUGACACUCUGGACCUCCCAUCCCCUCCCCUUGACACGCGCCUGAAAUACUUUGCCAUCAAUAAGAAUGACGUACGAUUUCUUAAUAGAUGACUGACCAUGAAUGCUCAAGAACCCCAAGUAAUGUCUGGCGGAUGCUUUGGGAACUAUUGGCAAAUUGCAUUUGUAAGCCCAUUUGCCACAUGAUUUUUUUCCAGGCAAUUUUUAGAUAAUAUUUUAAUUGUCAAAGGAAUGCCUCCUUUGAGUGUUACAUAUAUAUUUCAAGUUUUUUAUGCAGAACAUCUACUGUCUGAACCAUCGUAAAUUUUGAACGGAUUAUGAACAAACUACUUAACUUUGGUUAUUAUAAACUUACCUGCAUGUUUGAAAUCAACUCCUGUUAAAUAAAAUCCAUUGCACAAUUAAAUAUCCCAACGAUUAAAAAAGUUCCUUCUUGAAAAAUUGAAAUCCCACAAACUUGAACCUUCACGCAAUACCAAGGUAUCAUUUCGUAUAAAGGGGCGACAGCAUAUACCACAUUAAACCGGUUUUCAGUACUUUUACGACAAUUCAAGUUUUGUACAAGAAAAAGCAAUAAGUCUCGGCUCAGGAUUGAGUUUGAGCUUUUACACACAUAACUGCUUCCUUUACUUUAUUACCGUCUUUUACAUUCUAGUAAAAUCUCUGCAAUGUUUAUAGCUUUCCCCAUUUGAAAUAUUUGAUUAGAGACUCAGAUGAGAGAAUUUUGACAUGCGGCACAAAAACAAUGACAUAUCUUUAACUAUGUGCAUUAUAUAACUUAAACCCAAUUUCUUUUAAUACCCUUUGCAGGUGGGUUUGAGAAAUUAUAAUAUUUUUUUCUUUAAGUACAGAGCACAGUUGUCUAGAUAGUUGAGAACUGGAUAAAAUUCAAGAAAGUAAACCAUAAAAAGUGUUGAAUCAUUCGAGUUUGUAUUUUAUUUCUUUAAAGCCCCCUUUCAAUUCAAACUUUCAAAAAUAGAAUUAUCUAAAAUUACAUAUAUUUCAAAUACCGGGUAGAUAUGGAAUUAACUGAAAUGGAUUUUAAAAUACCAACCUCUUGUAGUGAUUAUAAAAUGUUAAUUGUGUCUUAACUGUUGGAUAGAAGGAUCGCAUAUUUUCACGUCAAGAUAACAACAUGAAUAUUGAUUGAAGUGGACCCAAUUGUGAAUUAUAAUUUGUGUUUAAUUUUAAAUGUUAUGGAAAGGUUUAGCUCCUUUAAUAGUAAGUGCAGGAGGACAUCACUACAUGCAAAAGAAAACCGACAAGAUAAACCUACAUAAAUGUUGCAAGAAAUACAGACUGGAUAGUUUUCCGUAUCAAAACUGUUGAAUCUGGAAGUAAUGUUACCCUUCUUACAAGGUCUUACAGGCUAUCAAAGUAACAAUACACUCAGAAAUGUUGGAUGUGAACUUCAUGUUGCUUGUUGAAUUAUUGAUAAUAUAAAGAUAGGAAAGUUUUAGGUUAUAUAUAAUAUAUGACUUUAUUAUUAUGAGUAUCUGUGAAAUGGUUUCAAUAUAAAUCUUCUAUGUAAUUGCCUUAAUUUGAUAUUUUUCGUUGCCCAAACUCAGACGAUCAUGCUUUGUUUUGAUUGCAACACAUGGAUCUGUCAAAGUUAAACCACCCCCCGCAAAAACAUCAUUGGUUUCACCCAAUACUUGACGAAAGCCAUGUUGUCUUCCACUCAGUCGAAAUUACAAGUAAAUAGUCAAAUUUUUCAAGGGAGAACUUUUUUUAUUCGUUAGAAUAUUUAAUUGUGCAAUGAAUUUUAUUUAGCACGAGUUGAUUUCAAACACACAGGUUAGCUUAUAAUAACCAAAGUUAAGUAGUUUGUUCAUAAUCGAAGAAAUCUGUUUAAAUUUACGAUGGUUCAGACAGUAACAUCUCUUUUACGGUCAACAUUUAGUUUCUAUGUUUUUGUAAAUUGUUUGUCCAACAUCUUGGCCUAUCAUUAAAAAAAUGUGCUAUGUUAUUUGCUGUGAUGUUACAUGUAUGUUAUUUUACAUAAUGGUUGUGUUGUACAUAUAAUUAAACUGUAUAGGGAAAAGUGGUUUAAAGGACAAUAUUGGUGUCAGUUAUUAUCACAUAUGUGAUUGAACUGGUUUAACACAUUCCAAAUAUAAUUUUAACACAGAGAUCAUUGCUAUGAUAGAUGCGUAAUCAAGGGUUCAACUAACGAAGUGACGAACGCAAAAGGUAAACACAAGUUACCCUUCUAUAUAACUGACUGAAGUGACGAGUGAUAACAGAUACAUGGGCGAAUUUCUGCUCACUAAUAAUUCCUUCGAAGAUCAAAAGUUGUUAUAUGAGACUGAAAGGAUAUCUGACAAUUAAAAACAGAAAUUGACUGUCACUAGAAAAGAGAAAACGAAAAAAUAUUGAAAAAGUCUGUGCAUUACCAAGUAUGGAAUGAAUAAAAACAAGUGAAUGUACACCCAUUUUCUCAUUGCAUGUCUGUGUGUUGCCAACAGGACGAACUUCUUAAUAAUCGUCUUGAAAACUUUUCAGGCUUAUUCUUUAUACCCUAGGGAUGACAUCUAUUAUUUUUGGUGCAUGCCCGACCCCCAGGCACAGAGCUAGGCCCAAUUUUUGCAGAGCCACACCCAUUUUUGUGUGUGUGUGUGUCUUUUGGAUCAUCUUGGAACUUGACAUAAUAUGUAUUCCUUAUAGACUAAGGAUAGCAUGUCCUAUAGGAGCCAUGUCCUAUUUUCGUGUUUAUCGCAUACAGGCCGCAAUUCUGAAUGGAUCAUCUUGGAACUUGGCAUAUGUAUUCCUUAGAACUUAAGGGCGGCAACUAUUGAUUUUAGUGCAUGUCCCGACCCACGCCCAAUUUUUGUUUUUAGCACAUGAAGACCACAAUUCUGAAUGGAUUAUCAUGGAUGGCAACUAUUGAUUUUUGUGCAUGAUCUGCCCCCCUUGGGCGGUGUCACACCUUUUUGUUAAUAUUUUGUAUGUAAAUAAAUCCACAGGUUGCAUUAUUAGCAGAUCUGGUUCCAUUUCGGCAUGAUCCAUCAUAGGGUUGUACCUAUUUAUAUUGGACCAUGUCCAGCCCCCAGGGGCAGAGCCACACACAAUUUUUAUGCUUUUUGUCUACAGGCUGUAAUUCUGAAUGGAUCAUAUUCCUUAUAUUGUAAGGAUAGCAAUUCUUUAUUUUGGUGCAUGUCCUGACCUCCAGGGGUGUAGUACCACACUGACUUGUUUGUUAAUUUUUUGUCUGUAAAUACUUUACAGGUUGCAAUUAUUACCAGUAACAGAUUUUGUUAAUUUGGUGAACAGAAGGGGGAAUUCUUGGGUCUUUUCCAAUUCGAAACCAUGUUAUUACAAUGUUAAAUACCAUUUCUAAUAUUCAGUUAUCACCAGUAUUUGUUAUUCAGUUGUUUGUUUAUGGAAUGUAUAUGUGUGUGUUAAAACUUGUGACAUGUAAUUUUGUAUAUUUUACUCUAAUAAA